AUGUCACAGCAACAACAACAACAACAACCACCAAAAGAUAAAAAAGAUGAUAAAUCAUUUAGAGAAAUUCUUUCAUACUGGGCAGUAAAAGAACCUGUAAAUAAACAAGCUACAUUACCCACACCAUCGAAAUUGAAACCAUCGCGUUCAAACUCCAAUAUACAUCAAUUAAGUGUUUCCUCAGAUUCUGUUGGAAGUCAACAGUCAUUAAAAGCAUCACAAGACCAAAUAGUACAUAAUAACCAAGAACAACAACUACAGCAAAUUCAGCAACCACAACAAAUUGAAGAAAAACAACAAUCACAACCACCACAGCAAAAUAUCGACGAAAACACAGUUACCGAAAAUACUAGUAGUAAUAUUUCACAAGAAAAAUUGGUAGAUGAAAUAUUGAAGCAAGUUGAGAGUUUAGAAAAUAAAGAAGAUGCUGAUGUCCAAGAGAAUAUUAAUAAAGAGUCAGAAGCACCACAACCACCAACUAUUAUACUUUCAGGUUCAACUACACCUGAACCACCACUUUUGAACAACUCCUACACUUUUAUUAACGAUUCACCACUGGUCAACGAUGUACUCUCACGUUCAACAUCUUCCACCACCAAACUCACCGCCAGUAUGAAUGGUAUUAAUUUGAGAACCAGUAACAACUGGGCGAAUAUCUCAAGACAACCAACCAACCCAUAUAUGACAAUAAAUGAAAUUCAAAAUCAACAACAACAACAACAACAACUUCUUUCAGAUUCAUCUCAUCAAACAUUUAGUGAUAGUUAUGUUAUUGUUGGUGAUGACUCCAGUGCAGAGAGUACACAUGGAUCAUCGCAAUCAUCAUAUUCACUGUACACAGUUGCAUCGUCGGCAUCUUCCUAUACAUCGUAUAGCAGUGGUGCAGUCUCUGGUGGUUAUCUCUACGCCGACUCCAAUCACUCGCAAUCUUCGUAUCUCGCUUAUUCCACCGCCACCGAAAAGACACCGAACCACUUUAAUCUUCCACACGAACACAACAUCCCCAAAGUAGAGGUAUUCAGACCACUCACUGAAUGUCAAAAGAUCUCUGCUCAACAUUCAUGGAAUGACAACUUCCAACAUCUUUUAGAGUUAGAAGAUUCAGAAAUUAAAUAUGAAUAUCUAUCAAAAAAUUCAAACGAUUUUGUAUAUUGCGCCAAUACAUUUGGAAAGAUUAUUAUUUCAGAAGUUAAUUUACCGGAUGAACAAAAGACUAUUAAACCAUUGUCGUUGGGUGGUGUUGCCGGUGGAUAUAAAUACAAGUGUCAGGAUAUCAUUUUCAAGUUUGUUGUGGACGUUGAGAUUGCACCGGGUCUUUGGAUGUAUGGUGAUACUUCGCGAUCCGAUGAGAAGGCACAAAAGUCUGCUGGUCACGAGUUGAAAGGUUUAAAUUAUUUCAUGGAGCAUUCGAAUGGUUUGAUCAAGUUCCCGCUGAUGGCAAUCAUUGACUAUGGUGGCUAUCGUUUGUUGGCCAUAUCGAACUUACCAAUCACCAAGAAGUCGAUUGUCUAUGGAUCGAACGACGGUGGUAAAACCAUUCACAACAGUGAUCCGGUUAUCGAAAAGGAAAUGGAGAGAUUGGCUGGCAUUAUGAAUAUCAAAGGACACAUGGUUGGACUCGUGACACCGACACUCAUCUACGGACCGGGAGAUAUCGAAGUUCACAAGGGAACCGAUGGCAAUUACUAUAUGAUUGAUUUCGCUCGUGCAUUCCCACCUGAAUACCCACAGAGUAUUCGCGAUCGUAUUGGACGUGAGAUCUUCUACGCCAUGUUGCGUCCAGAGUUUGUGGCGCGUUACGAAGUUCCACUGAGUCCAGACGCUUUCUCCGGUUGGCAAAACGGAAAGGAUGAAGAUCAAUCCAAUUUGGAGGUAAUGGAAGCCACUGUUAAGCUGCACCAAAAGGUUAUUCCAGAGUGUGUAGAACUUCUUCAUCGUGCUCUCCAAGACGAGUGUUCCAGUGAAAUCGACAUGAUGCUUCGUAGUCACUUGAUGGGACAAGCAACCGACGGUUCCAACCAAACCGAUUACACCAAGAAAAUAUUCAUGUUGGUGCGAGUCAUCAAUUUUAUUCAUUCCUACGGUAUCAAUCUCCGUUAUCUCGGACUGAUCUGUCAGAAGACAACUCACCGUGGUUUGAGAAAGACACUGAUGACCGAGAUUGUUGCGCGUGUCUGGAAGAAGAUUAUCAAGGAUCGUUUGCGUGAGAAGAUGGAAACUUCCAAUCGUCCAUCGGACGAACCUGCCCGUGUGCUCUCAGAGGUAUUUGAGAUUCUACAAAACAAAGUGAUGAAGUCAAACUACAAGGAUUUCUGGUCGCUAAACACCACCGGAACCUUUAAGUAUGCUGCGAUUCGUGCAUUCCCCCACUGUUUCUCAGAGAGUGAAUUUGCACCAACCUACGACUUGCGUCACUCGCUCGACAACAAACUUUUGGUAAUCAGAAUCAUCCAGAUGAUGAAUGUUCGUCUCAACCCAGAGGCAUACCGUCAGUUCCUCGCCAACCCGAAAUACGUCAUUUCCAACCACGACAUCGAGGAUGUCGAGCCAAUCGUCAAGUAUCCAACGGUUGUCGAUUUUGCAGCCGGUUCGCAUUUGAUCUAUCAGGCCGAGAGCAAGAUGCAAUCGUCGCAUUCCUCGGUGCUCGAAGUGUUCCGUUGGAUGGAGAUGGCUCAAAAGAAGAUGCAAUCGGCACUACGCUCCAUGCCACUCUCUGCCAAGGUGACACUGCGUCAGGCAUCCAUUUUCAUACUGAAAUCGAACCUCACCAACAGCAUCAACGAAUCGAUUGCUCAGCUGCAAAUCGCCACCAACCUCCUACGCCAAGCAUCGAAAUGUCCGAUCAACCAAAACAAUCCAGACAUUCUCGCGCUCAUCGGUGUCACCCUCCUCAAGAUCGCAUCGCACUACCUGUUCCACAACAACGAUUUCGUCAAAUUCAAAAAGUAUCUCGACGAAGCACAACCUAAACUCGAGCGAUCACUGGAAAUCAACAGUGAUUCACUUGGUAAUUACAUUCGCCAGUUCAUUCCAUUCAACCAGAUCACCACCACUCACGGAAUGGACUACGAUGAGAUCUCCAGUACUAUUACCAGCACCAAUUCCUCGCUUCUCUAUCAGCUGAUCACAAUUAUCUAUCUCUUGAAAUUCUCACCGCAAGACUCACGCUUGAAGACCUACCUCCCGUUGUCCAUCGGUGAUAUCAAGAGCCUCUCACAACUCGAAAUACCAAUUGGUCUGAGAAAGGUUAUCGAUGAUUCAAUCAUUGCAGAACUCUUGGAGAACCUUCCAAAUCUGUUCCACCUCGAAGUCUCCAGUAUGUCAUUGACACCGAAGCUCUCACACAUCAUUGCCAAUCUCAAGUAUCUCAAGUCGAUCGCUCUGUUCGACAGCAACAUAAGCUCACACAACGCCAUCGAGAAUGACAUUACCAACCUCAACCAAUUCCUCUCUGCAAUCCUCAGAGGUGCUCCAAUGUUGACAUCACUCACCAUUGCCAAUCGUUCGUUUGAAGAUGCCGACUUUGCCGAUAUAGGACCGCUCAUGGAGAAUCUCACCAGCUUGACAUUGUCACGUGGAUACAUCACCAACAAGACUUUGAUAGCAAUGGCGCCAUACCUCACCAAUCUAAACUCACUCGAACUCAGAGUGUCUGGACAAAUCACAAACGAAGGAACCGUUCCUCUCAUUCAGGCCUGUAAGAAUCUCACCAAGUUGGCUAUCUCCAUCCGUCAGAUCUCCGAUGAUACCGGUAACGCCAUUGCUGCCAACGCCGAGAAGCUAGAGUAUCUAUCACUGAGCGGAUCGUCUGGAAUCAGUGCCGGUGUCUUGGCCGAGAUUGUCAAGAAUGCACCUGCCAUCAGAGUAUUGGACAUCUCUGCUACCAAUGCCAACUAUACUGUUUUCGAAGCUUUGGAAUCACACGGCGCCAAGAACCUGACUAAACUCUAUUUGGAGCAGACCAAUGUAUCGACCGACGAGUUCAAUCCCUUGCAAUCGUUGACAAUGAUUGAACCAUCCAAUCUCAGAGUUCUCCAUCUCUCCAGGUACAUCGGAGAGUACUGUAUCUUCUGGAAGCUUAUGGACAAACUUCCAAAGCUCGAGCGUCUACGUCUGCCACAACACACCCACUUGCCAACUCUAAUGAAUGCCUACAAGGAUCAUGUUGAGAACAACUUUGAACUACAGGAAAUACCUCUCUCAGAGAUCACUCACAUCGAUAUGCUAAUGGCAACAAUCUCUGUCGGUUCACUCACACAGCUCUUGGAGAUGUGUCCACUACUCGAGUCACUCUCAUUGUCAGCCGUCACCUUUGUCACCGAAGAAUCGAUUGUCAUUCAAAUGAACGACUCUAUUCUUGCGGCGAUCGGUCCAAUGAUGUCCAACCUCAAAGAGUUGAAUCUUUCUAACCUCCCAAUCGAGAAGAGAAUGAUUCCGUGUCUGGUAUCACGUUGUAUCCAACUAAGAAAAGUAUAUCUCUACGGAUGCAAACCACUCAACGCUCAAGCAAUCUACGACAUUGGAAGAGAAUUCCCACACAUUAAAUUCUUAGGAUAA